AGUCACUGGUCGGGACUCCGAGGCUAACACAAAUUCCAGAGCCGUAUAUGGCUCUGACAAAUUCGUUUCCGAGUCACGACUGUCACGCAGUUAGUGUUGUGUGUGUGGACUAGUAGACGAUGAUGCAGGACGAGAAUUCUUCAUCUCAACGCUGCUCUUGUCUGACGAGAAUUAGCAAUGCGAUCGAGCACGCCCUCGAGACGUUCUUCUACAAGCUCGGCGAGAAGGUCGGUGCUUAUCCCGCACGGAACAUCGUCAUCGUGUUCAUCGUCGCGUUCGUCUGUAUGGCCGGUCUCUCGCGUUUUCAGCAGGAGAGUCGACCCAACAAGCUGUGGGUUCCAAGAAAUGCCGAGGCACUCGAUCAGAAGGAAUGGGUCGAAAGAAUCUUUCCCGAAACAGCUCGCUAUGGCUUCUUGAUCGUCACUCCAACGAAGGGAGAAAAUGUUCUUACACCUGCUGUGUUGAAGGAGCUCUAUGACCUGCAUGUGUCAAUUGUCAACAUUAUUGCACGGGGAAGCACUUUCUUUCAGGAUCACAAUACCACUUGGGAGCAGCUCUGCUUUAGGCGUAACCUGAGACGUUGCUGGAUUUCUAGCAUUCUGGAGUUGUGGGAGUUUGAUAGAGACAGAAUCUAUGGUCUGACAUUCCAUGAUAUAUUGUCAGAAUUGAACAAAAACAAUCUUACUGAAUCAAUGACAGUCUGCCAUCAUGUACACAGUAGAAUGUACACAUACCUCAUGACAUUUGGUAUCCAUGUAAUAGAAUGGGAGAGAUUGAAGGCAGACUAGUGGUAGGAGGUUUUUAUGGUAAUCUGCAUGUUCUUACUUAUCAACAUGAUAAGUGGGACAAGUUUGUCAGAAAGAAUUGUAACAUCAGGAAUCUAGUGUGUCAUCAAGGUGUGUGAAUGAUGGAGAUAAAGAUCAGCUUGUGAUUGAACAAUUUUAUUUGAAUAAAGACAGCAAAUGGCGUUUCCUUACAGUUCUACCAAACGAACUGCAGUUGGAGGACAUAUCUGUUGCUCUUCAUGACAACUCACUGUAUGUGAUGGGUGGUAGGACUAAACAGGGGAGACAGUGAACACAGCACGUCUGUGACCUUCACAGUGGUCAUUGGUCUAAUAUGGAUGAUAUGCAAACAAAGCAUCGUGAAUGUUCUUCUGUUAUUAUAAACAACACAGUGUGUUGUAGGGGGAGGAUGGACUGAUGGACCUUUCUAUAGUAAUAUUGUUGAGUGUGCAGAUGUUCGUGAUAGAAAAUGGAGAACAAUCCCCUCUACAACCACAUAUAGACCUAAAAUAACGUCAGUCAGUAACAGACUGGUAGGGACUGGAGGAAUGGCUCGACAGUGGACUAGUUUUCCUUCUUCUAAUAUUGUAGAAUUAUAUGAUGAGAGCUCUACCAAAUGGCUUCCUCUUCCACACAUGACACACAAACGGUUGUUACAUGCUCCAUUGUCAACUCAGAAUGGAGAACUCAUCACAGCAGGAGGGUUGGGUGGUGGAAAUUCAAUAGAAAGUCUGAAGUGUGA